AUGACGGACAGCGGCAAGUGUGCGUUUGUUCUUGGGAUCGAGCUUUUGGACGGUGAAGAUGGCAGUGUGACACUAUGUCAGCGUCGGUAUGUCGAUGAUAUCCUCAAGCGCUUUGGCAUGGAUGAUUGCAAGGCAGUCGCAAGUCCAGUCGACAUGAGCUCUCGACUUGUUUCAAGUGAUGCAACUACCAAGGUCGAUGCUCCUUUUCGCGAAGCUGUUGGUGCGUUGAUGCACCUGACCACUGCAACGCGCCCGGACAUUGCGUUUGAUGUGGGCUAUGUGUCGCGGUUCAUGGAAAAUCCCCAAGAAGAACACUGGGUUGCAGUUAAGCGUAUCUUUCGCUACCUACAAGGCACCAAGACGCAUGGAAUUUGCUACAAGCCAAGUGCAAGGAUCGACUUCCGUGGAUAUUCGGAUGCGGAUUGGGCUGGUGAUCUUACCGACCGCAAGUCAACAUCGGGGUACACGUUCAUGCUACUCGGUGCGCCAGUCAGUUGGGGCAGAAAGAAGCAGCCAAGUGUUUCGUUGUCCACGAGUGAAGCCGAAUACAUCGCACUCAGCUUGGCGAUUCAAGAGGGCAAGUGGAUUCAUCGUCUGCUUUGUGAGAUCGUGAUGGCUGCCAAUGAAGAAGGACCGGAACUCAUGAUCCAUGAAGACAAUCAGUCGUGUAUCAAGAUGACGAAGAACCCAGUCAACCACGGCCGUGCCAAGCACAUUGAUAUCAAGUACCAUCACAUCCGUGAUGAGGUCAAGCGCGGUGAAGUGAAGCUCAAGUACUGUGAAACUGCGGUGAUGUUAGCGGACAUCAUGACGAAGGGACUUCACGGGCCACGCCACAAGGAGAUGACGGCGACUCUCGGGAUUCGUGAGCAUUCGGAUUGA